GUUCUGAAGAUGCUGAAGGAAACUGUUGAAUCUUUUGUCUGAGGAUGAAUCUCAAAAGUUCAAGAAUUUCCUGGCGGACAAAAGUUCAAUGGGACAGUUCCCGAUCAUUAACAGGAAUGAAGUGGAAAGAGACGGCGUCGUGAAGAGCCUGGUUCAAGUUUAUGGAGUUCACAGCAUCACUGUGGCCCAGAGCCUCCUGCAGAAGCUGCACAGGACAGAUCUACUGAAGACACUGUCCCGAUGGAAGUAUCAUCCUGAAGAGAUCAUCAGACAGAGCAGUGAGGAGAUCAAGUCCAACUUGAGAGAGAAGUUUAAGUUCCUCACUGACGGCAUCAGUGGAAAGAAAGAGUUUUAUGAACACUUCACAGAGCUCUACAUCACUGUGGGAGACUCAGGACAGGUCAACCAGGAACAUGAGAUCAGACACAUGGAGACAGCCUCCAGGAAACCAGACGAUGAGACACCUGUCCAAUGUGAGGACAUCUUUAAACCCCAAAACCAAUCACAAGAACCAAUCAGAACAGUGCUGACAAAGGGCGUGGCUGGUGUGGGGAAAACAGUGCUCACUCAGAAGUUCAGUCUGGACUGGGCUGAAGGCAAAGCCAACCAGGACAUACAGCUGCUGUUCCCGUUCACUUUCAGAGAGCUCAAUGUGCUCAGAGACACAAAGUUCAGCCUGGUGGAGCUGCUGCACCACUUCUUCAGUCCAUCCAAACGUCUCUGCAGCUUCCAACAGCUCCAGGUGCUCUUCAUCUUUGACGGACUGGACGAGUGCUGUUCUCCGCUGAACUUUAGACGAACCCGGGUCCUGACCGACCCCACAGAGUCCGCCUCAGUGCACGUGCUGCUGGUGAACCUCAUCAGGGGGAGCCUGCUUCCCUCCGCUCGCCUCUGGAUAACCACACGACCCGCGGCGGCCAAUCAGAUCCCUGCUGAGUGCGUCUCCGUGGUGACAGAGGUCAGAGGGUUCACCGACCCGCAGAAGGAGCAGUACUUCAGGAAGAGGUUCAGAGACGAGGCCAACACAAUCAUCUACCACAUCGAGACGUCCAGAAGCCUCCACAUCAUGUGCCACCUGCCGAUCUUCUGCUGGAUCGCUGCCGCAGUCCUGGAGCAUCUGUUGAAAAGCAGAGAGAGAGGAGAGCUGCCCAAGACCCUGACUCAGAUGUACAUCCACUUCCUGGUGGUUCAGGCCAAAGUCAAGAACAUCAAGUAUGAAGGAGGAUCUGAGACAGACCCACACUGGAGUCCAGAGACCAGGAAGAUGGUGGAGUCUCUGGGAAAACUGGCCUUUGAGCAGCUGCAGAAAGGAAACCUGAUCUUCUACGAGAGUGACCUGAGCGAGUGUGGGCUGGACGCUGCAGCGGCCUCAGUGUACUCCGGAGUGUUCACACAGGUCUUUAGAGAGGAGCCAGGCCUGUACCAGGACAAGGUCUACUGCUUCAUCCAUCUGAGUGUGCAGGAGUUUCUGGCUGCUCUUCACGUCCAUCAGACCUUCAUCAACACUGGGAUCAACCUGCUGAACCCACCACAGUCCUCUGAGUGUCCUGACACUGAAGCCUUCUACUACUCUGCUGUGGACCAGGCCUUACAGAGUCCAAAUGGACACCUGGACCUGCUCCUCCGCUUCCUCCUGGGUCUUUCACUGUCGACCAAUCAGAGCCUUCUACAAGGUCUGCUGACACAGACAGAAAGUAGCUCCCAGACCAAUCAGAAAACAGCUGAGUACAUCAAGAAGAAGCUGAGUGAGGAUGUGUCUGCAGAGAGGAGCAUCAACCUGCUCCACUGUCUGAAUGAACUGAAUGAUCAUGAUCUGGUGGAGCAGAUCCAACUGUACCUGAGAUCAGGACGUCUGUCUAAAGGUCGGACUGUCUCCUGCUGAGUGGUCAGCUCUGGCCUUCAUCUUACUGUCAUCAGAAGAAGAUCUGGACCAGUUUGAGCUGAAUAAAUACUGUGCUUCAGAGGAGGUUCUCCUGAGGCUGCUGCCAGUGGUCAAGGCCUCCACCAAAGCUC